UAACCAACUGGCUGUAGAUCUGAGGCCAGGCUUGGUAGAUGUGGCACCUGGACUUUGUCAGUCCCCAAGAGGAGAGCAGACACUCUUGUGCCAGGGUCCUUGGAGCUGAGCUGGAGGAGGAGAGACAUCAGAGCAGGUAGAUAAAAUAGUUACUCAGCGGACUCAGAGCAUAAGAGGAAUUCAGAGGGUCAAGGAUGGAGCCCUGGGUUCCCCAGAGGCUGUCUCAGCCUCAGGGGAGACCCAUAGUUCCAUCAAAAGCACCAAACCGCAGCCACAGAAGAGAAGGCUAUCCUCACCCUGUCCCUCAGUCUCGGCAUAACGGAGAGAGGCUCCAACGGCAAGAUACCCACAGGAGUCCCCAGCCCCAGCAGGAUCCUAGGGCUGGCCACCUGCAGUCUCAUUAUUCAUCGAACCCUGGGGUUGACUACUAUGAAGGUGGCUAUGUUAGCCACUUCUACCCACGGCCAGGCAUUGAGGACUGGUAUCAGAGCUACCACUCUCCAACCCUCAGAGAAGACUAUGCUUAUAGAAGGUAUUAUCAUCACGGCCUCCCACAGCAGCCCCAGGAGGAAAGAGUGCCAAGGCAAGGAAGCCCUUAUAACUGGCGUGAAGAUUAUCAUGAUCUAAAACAGCUCAAUGAACAGAAGCUUGAAAACCAGAAAAACUUGUCUGGAGAAAAUGGUGAAGCCCAGUUCCAAUCUAAGAAUUGCAACUCUUAUAGAGAGAGUCCUGCUACUAACUCUGGACAGGAGUGGACUGGGGACCUGCCUCCAGAGAGUUUGCUAGCUGGGACUCAGAAGAAGCUGUUGCUGACAGGCAAGUCCAACCUUCUUCAGCAGCAAGAGUCAGGUCUCAGCUCCAGCAGUUAUGAACUCAGCCAGUACAUGGCAGACACCCCAGAGCCGCCGGGGCACAGGGCUUCCGCAGCUUGGAGUCCAGUUCAGGCUGAGGAUGUCUCAGCUACUGGUCCCAAGGCCCCCAUGAAGUUCUACAUCCCUCAUGUGCCCGUGAGCUUUGGGCCAGGAGGUCAACUGGUUCGUGUGGGUUCCAGUUUGCCUAGCAAUGGACCCCGUGUUGAACUGCACAGCAUGGAGGUAAUUCUUAGUGACUCUGAGGAACAAGAAGAAAUGAGGGCCUUCUCAGGACCCCUGAUCAGGGAAGAUGUACACAAAGUGGACAUUAUGACCUUUUGCCAGCAGAAAGCAACUCAGAGCCGCAAAUCUGAUACACCUGGGAGCAGAGAUGCGGCCCUGUUGUGGCAGCUGUUGGUCCUUCUCUGUCGGCAGAAUGGGUCCAUGGUGGGUUCUGACAUCGCUGAGCUGCUGAUGCAAGACUGCCAGAAGCUGGACAAGUACAAGAGGCAGACCCCGGUGGCCAACCUCAUCAACUUGAGUGAUGAGGACUGGCCAGUUUUGAGCUCUGCCACCCCCAACCUGCUCACUGGGGAGGUCCCCCCCAACGUCUUGACUCAGGAACAAAUUGUGGAGAAAUUCACUAAACUGCUCUACUACGGAAGGAAGAAGGAAGCCUUGGAGUGGGCCAUGAAGAACCACCUGUGGGGCCAUGCUCUGUUCCUCUCCAGCAAGAUGGACCCCAGGACCUAUAGCUGGGUCAUGAGUGGCUUCACCAGCACGCUGGCGCUCAACGAUCCCCUGCAGACCCUCUUCCACCUCAUGUCAGGGAGGAUCCCACAGGCAACCACGUUCUGUGGUGACAAGCAGUGGGGGGACUGGAGGCCUCAUCUGGCUGUGAUUUUAUCAAAUCAGGGUGGGGACGCAGAACUGCAGCAACGCACUAUCAUUGCCAUGGGCGACACUCUGGCUGGGAAGGGACUGCUGGAGGCGGCCCACUUCUGCUACCUCAUGGCCCACGUGCCCUUUGGUUACUACACUGUGAAGACAGACCAUCUGGCCUUGCUGGGCAGCAGCCACAGUCAAGAGUUUUGGAAAUUUGCAACCAUCGAGGCUAUCCAGAGGACAGAAAUUUUUGAGUAUUGUCAGCUGCUGGGCCACUCCAAAUCCUUCAUUCCUUCAUUCCAGGUGUAUAAGUUCCUCUAUGCAUCCCGCCUGGCAGAUGCUGGCCUCAUAUCCCAGGCCUUGUACUAUUGUGAAGCCAUCGGCACAGCCCUCCUGAGCCAGGAAGACAGCAGCCACCCGGUGCUGCUGGCGGAACUCAUCAAGCUGGCAGAGAAAUUGAAACUGUCGGAUCCACUGCUGUUAGAACGUCAUCGUGGGGAUAGGGACCCUGAACCAGACUGGCUAAUGAAACUUCGGAGGCAGCAGGAGGCACUGCAGCAGAAGGCAGGCAGAGAUGAUGGAGUUCCUGGUUCUGCUCACUUGGAUAUUUUGGGAGCCAGAGGAGUCACAUCAGACAACCACACGGAGGAACCCAAAAAGACCUUCUACCAGGAUCCAUCAGCAUGUCAAGAUGACUCUGAAGUCCUAGGUGAUGGCUCAGCCCCAUGGCAGACUCCAAAGCACGCUGGCCUAGUGGAACCCAGCCUGCAACAAGCGUUUCCCCUUCAGCCAGGCUUCUAUCCAGUUGAUGGAGGUGUGGGGCAUAUGGGGGUUCCGGUGCCUCUAUAUUCAGUUCCUCAGACUUAUGUGCCUAGGACUGGUGGCAGCUUGGCUGGGACAGGGGCUCCUGGAGGAAGAGCCUAUGAGGAGAUCCCACAGACACACCUGCCCUCAGGAGAGAACACUGUGUCUCAAGAAACCUUCCAGCAUCCUGAUGACCCUGAGGCUGUUCCUAGACAUCAGGACCCGCCAAUUGCCAGAACAAGAACUUCUUCCCAGAGUUCGGCCAAAGAUGAAGAAGAACAGGAGACAGAGUCGGAGUCGGAGUUGUCGGCUGACGAGUCGAAUACAAAUUCUUCCUCAAAUCCCGUCCAGCAAGGCGCUGCUGACACGAAGGGCUCAGGGUUUGGCUGGUUCAGCUGGUUCCGUUCGAAGCCCAAAGAAGUCUCGUCGGACAGCUCAGGUUCUGAGGAAAUCCCCAGAGCACCAUCUCACCCCAAGGCUGGUCUGGACCUCUCACUUACAACCUCCCCAGAGUUCCAGCCCCUGUCAACUGUCAACACCUCUUCUGGGUCCACAGGUGGGAUUGACAUUGGAGGACCAGGACCUGUGUCUGGUGGAGUGAUGACAGAGGGCACCAGGGCUGGAGGCCCAUCUGGGCCUGAGGCUAUUUCCUCUGAGCUCUACUUCAACCCUGGUGCACUGCUUCCUCCGCCUACCUUCACUGGGGGCAUUCCUCUCUAUAACCCAUCUCAGAUCUCCCAGCUUUCCAUGGCUCCUACCCAGAAUAGGCUAAACCGCCUAGCUCAGCGUCGCUAUCCAACCCAACUGUGAUGAGAAUGAUUGCUGUACCAGGCUGAUCUCCCUAGAGUACAUCUUCUAUGUAGUUGUCCUGACUCCAUCUUCCUGUUCUUCUGCUAUAUGUGAGGGGUUGUGUUAGCUGAUUGCCUUCACUGGGCAUGUUUAGAACAAGGGGAUAUUUUCCCCCCAUCACAGCUCACUAUAUAAUCUGUGAAAAUUAGCACCAGAACCAUGGAAGCUUGAUGAACUGGAAAAGCUGGCCACAAGAAACUGGAGGUGAGCAGAAAGUGGUGGCAGCAGCAUUUAGUUGGAGGCUUUAGCUCUCAGGAAAUAGAUUCUGGUGGAGGAGGUGGCACAAUAGAUAAAACCUUGGACUCUCAAGCAUGAGGAAAUAGAUUCUAGGAACAUUCAGCUGGAGACUUUAGACUUCAAGAAAUAAGUUCUAGGUACACCAUUGCCAGAACCCGCUAGUUCAGCUGCAGACUGCAGCAGAUGGGGGCCACUCUGAGUAUGCUAUUGACUAAACUUGACUCUUGAGUUUUAGUUCUCUACAAGUUCUCUCUCCAUGGCUUCUCCACGAAGACAAGCUUUUAUCUUGCAACUUAAUUCUUGUCUCUUGUCACAGUUCCCUCCUGGUCCUCAUUUUGUGUACUUUUUCUUUCUUCUUCUUCUUCUUCUUCUUUUUUAAAAUGUGGUUUAAAUUAGUUUUCUUUCUCUUACUUUCUUCACUGGGCCUAAUCCAUCCUCCCCCCUCCUUGCCCACACACACACAUUCUGGCAUUUGGGUUUCAAGUUAGAUUGCUGUAGUCAUCAUAUUGUCAUGGUAAUGAUGGAGCCUAAUGAAGCGAAUAGAUGAUACAUCAGUUUCAUAAAUGAUGGGAACUACUUCCUUAGAAGUUUACCCUUCUUCGAUUGAGAGGAGCAACAAGUGCCUGAUGUCAUUCAUUCUUCCUCUUCUAGCUCAGGCCAUUGUAGAUUUAUUUUCUGAGAGUGGUGGAAGCCAGAGGGAGAAGGGGGCAUUUUGGAAACUUCUGUUUCUCCUUUUAAACCCCAAAUAGGAAUGACUUGCUGUUUGUCACAUUUGUUGAAAAUUGUUCCUCACAAAGGUUGCUUUAUUAUUUGUGUAAUUGUACAUACAUGUUUUGUACUCUAAUGUACUACUGCUCUGAUGUUGAUCACAAUUAAACCUGAUAAUUUUAUAACAAA